AUGAGUACCUGCACCAUUCGCUUUAUUAGGACAGAAAUGGCCUCCUCUGAGGGAAACACUCCAACCUAUAAGAUGACGUCUUUAGAUCCUGAGAUCAACCAACACUUUCAGGAUGCAAUAGAUGUGAUCCAGCAGCAUUCACACAAUGCAUACUACAGUCCAGAGUGCAAGUAUUUCGAGACGCUGAGCAGCCAGCCGUCGUCUCUGCAGGUUCAGAUGUCCUACCACGUCUUUGCACACCAAUCUGACAUCCCGGCUGUAGGAUACGACUGGAGCGAAACAACUCAGCACUCCUGGCCUCAGGUCAUCCCCCCCGACGUCUCGUUGAGCCACUCGGUGCCGAACGAUUCGCCGCAUUUCUACCCCAUCGUCCCACCACAGAGGAACAGCAAAGGACGUAAAAAGCUCAGGUUGUACGAGUAUCUCCACGAAGCCCUGAACGAUCCCAGCAUGGGCGACUCGAUACAGUGGACGGACAGCAGCAACGGCACGUUCCACUUCAUCUCCAAGAACAAAGAGAAGCUGGCUGAGUGUUGGGGCCAGCGCAAGGGCAACCGCAAAACUAUGACCUACCAGAAGAUGGCAAGAGCCCUGAGGAACUACAGCCGCACCGGCGAGAUCGUCAAAGUGCGCCGCAAGCUCACCUACCAGUUCAACCCAGACAUCCUGCACAGGCUCGGCUCGGCGCAGGUACCCAUGCACCUGCAGGCCCCGUCUGCACAGGACGACGCCCACAGUCGGCAGGAAAGCCCCUCCGAGCAGAGCUACCCCGGGUCAGCAGCGGACUGGCACGGCUGGUACGCACACUACCAGCUUCAGGAAGACUACGACCUGGCGGCGAGCUUCACCUCACACAGCUCAGCCAAACUGUGAGCCAACAGGCAGCAGAUCCUGAAAACGUUCCUCAUUUGGAGGGAUUCUUUAAAAGACUUUCGUCUGUAUGUUGCAUCUAAAUAUUCUCUGGAUGAUGAGCUGAAAGCAGCACGCGAUGUGGUCCGGUUAUUUCAACAGUUUCUGUAAAUAAUCUGUAAAUAUUGUCAAAAGUGAUGUUGAAAUUGAAGUAAAAGAUUAUGUUCUCGUUUUGAUAUGAGUCCUUAUUUUGAAGCCUUUUUGAUCUGAGUUUUUUGAAGAAACAUGCAUUUUUCUCUCAAAACUGUUGUGAUAACUGUUUAUAUUUUAUUCAAUAUUUUGUUUAUUUCCACAGUUAUACAACUUUAGUCAUAGUAUAACAACUCUAGCUAUGAAAGCUCUGUUAAUGCAAACACAGCUUGCAUAAACAGCUCUGUUUAUGCAAGUUAUGAAUCACUGUAAAGCGUAUAUUGUAUUAUUAUUAAACUGACUUUUUAACAUUUCCAGUGGCAUUUAAUAAAAUCACCUAACAGGAGAUCAGAUAACGAGAUUAUGUAUAGAUCUCCUACAGGGCAUCAAACCAUCACUGUUAAAUAAUAAAAAUAAGCUUAACUUCUAUAUAAUUUGAACUCUUAAGUUUUAACUUGUACUGAAAACUUUUCAAAAUGUUUAAAAAUGUUGAAAAUAUGAAAAAUUAAGCCUAAAAUAUCUAAAACUGGAUUAAAUGUAUUAGAAUUUGACCAUUUAUG